CGCUUUCUUCCGAGAAAAAAAAAAAAAAGCACUUUCAAACCAUUUUACUUUCACUCUCCACACAAGCAAUCUAGUUGACAUAAAAUGAAUUUGGUCAUAGACUUCUAAUUUUUGUUUACUAAAUCUUCUCUCAACUUCCCCGAAAGCAGAAAAGAUGAUUUAAAAACUAUCAAACUUACCUUCUUUUUCUCUAAGAUGAAAUUAUAACAUCUCAUCGUGCUAUUGAAUCAGAUAAUGAUAACAUUCGCCUAGAGCCAUAUUCUUUACCGGAGGUUUUUACUGGGGACACGAUGAAUCUGAGCAGUGCUGAAGUUGUAAGUAGAGUUCCUUACAGUUUUUCAAUUACAAACCUGGUUUCAUGUUUGUGUAUUUGUGUGUGUGUUGUGUUAUGCAUUCUACCAGUGUAGUGCAAUUAUCAAUGGACAUGAACCGGGGAGAAACAGAAGUCCCCUCCUGAACACAUAGUUCUCCAUCUUAUUUUGGACCACUCUGUUAGGGUGCCACUUCUUUUUCUGGGGAAGAAAAUAGCAAAAAACACCCCUCUUCCUUCCUCCCGCCCGGAAAAAAUGCUGAGCUACAGAACAGAAUAGAACUGAGAGCAAAACAGCUGAAAUACAGAACAGAAUUGAGACCAUUUAAUCCUCUGGAUUUUCAUUGAUUGAAAACUGAUAUAACUGACUUUGCCCACUCUCCAAAUAGCCAAGGAACAGCUUUAACCACAGGACCUUAUUGGACCUUAUCAACCAAUGUUAAGAUUGUGAGCCAGGAUGGCAUAGUGGUGAAGGCCUUGGGCUAGGAGCGGAAGGCCUGGAUUCUACUCUCAGUCACGAAAGCUCAUUGGGCGACUUCAAGCUAGUAAUUCCCUAUAAGUAGCACAGCCAAGAAUGAGCUGUGGAAGAAAUAAAUAACUAAACCUCAGAUAUGUUGAAACCAAGAGGGUGGAAAGGAAUAAAUUUUGUGCGUUAUGACUCUGGUGACAAUUGAUGAGUUUGGUUUGGCUAAGUGGACUGUUUCUCUUAAGAUAAGUCAGGUGUUCAAAUUCAGAGCAAAGUGAGCUGUUGGAUUCAAUCAAUUGAUGGCUUCUCUCUACCCUUUUUUCCAGUUAAAAGAGUUGUACAUGCUGCUAAAUGAAAAUUAUGUUGAAGAUGACGAUAACAUGUUUAGAUUUGAUUAUUCAUCAGAAUUCCUUUUGUGAAUGAUGGUAAGAUGGUAAUCUUACACACAACAACUCUGUGAAGUAAGGUGGACUAAGAGAAAGUGACUAGUGCAUGGUCAUCCAUCUGGCUUUCUGGCUAAGACAGGAUUAGAACUCACAAUCUCCAGCUUUCUAGCCCUGGUGCCUUUAUCACUGGACCAAACUGGCUCUCAUCGACAUUUGAGGGACGUGGUUGAAAAGCAGUUUAGGCAUUGUUGAACAAAAAGGAAAUACACUGACCAGGACCUAUAUUGCAUCCCAGCUGGGAUAUUAGGUUGCAGCCAUGUCACCCACAAAUCCAGGUCACAUUGUAACAAAUAACAACAAUACUGACCAGAAGCUGUCUGUUUUGGCAAUUCUAGGAGGAAUUGCUCUUAUACUACUUGUUCUGCUGUGCUUCCUUUUAUACUAUUUCAGGAGAAAGCUUUUGAAGCCCCGUCAAUUAUUUAAGAAAGUACGGUUAUCCUCAAUCAGUGGUUCAAAAAAGGAUCAAUCAACUUCUACGUCCAAUCUCAAUUUAGUAUUUUCCCAACAUGAAUUAGAAUUCCCUGGUGGGCUCUCCAUUACUAGCAACAGUCACCCAGAAUCCUUUGACCACAAGGAAGUAGUGAUGGUGGACGUUCAUGCGAACCAAGGAUGUUCUGUAGAAGAAGCAGAUAUGCAUACCCCUGUGUUCCUACAUACUUACAGCACCUCACAGGAAUUUAGUCCCAGAGAGGGAUGGCUUUCCCAUGAGGAAAAUGACCGAAGCCACAUGUCUUUAGUGAGCAUGGCAUCUUUUUUUAUAAACCCAAGCAAGCCUCUAGAGAAGAUAAAAGGUUCUCCUGACAAGGGACACUCUAGACACAGUUACAGUACAAUGUUAAGCCAGUCUUUAUUUGAGAAGCCAGAGCAAUCAAGGUUCUCAGUUGAAUUAUCUAGCACACAUUCCCAACAAGAAAUGCAGCUGCAACAGAGGCAGCCACAACACCUGGCUGCUCAAGCAGUAUCCCAGCAACAUUUGCAAGAAGCUGGUACAGGUGACUGGAAACCGCAGUACAUUGUGGUGACUGAAUCAUUCCAAACACAGCUUCAGUGCACAGCAUCCCUCAGUGAUGAGCUUCUUAAUAAGAAAGCUCAAAUAGAGCUAGGUGGAGGAAAAUCUUUGCCUCAUCCUCAAGCAUGGUUUGUUUCUUUGGAUGGGAAAUCCAAUAGAGUUAGACAUUCCUACAUUGAUCUUCAAACAUCUGGAAGGAAUGGAAUUAAUGAUGUCAGCCAGGAUUCUACAGAUGACAUAAAUGAGCCAAAAUCUGCCAGAAAAGGAAGGGCAGGUCAUUUACAACAAACCCGCCAGCAAGUGCAGAUGUAUCCACAGAAAGAUUUGGAUGAAGUGGACCAAAGUGGCAGUGAAUGUGAAACUAUGGCUUGUACCCCUGAAGACAAUAGUCCAAGAUGUGUGUUGGAGGGAGGGAGAAGGAGACGAGAUGGCCAAUUGCCCAGCCUGCAGGAGGAAACAUUAAAGAGAAAUGUAGAAAGUCCAUCCAACACUUUACCAAAUCCAGAACAUAAAAUCACUGCACACAGUAAAGCUGAUUGUGAUGAUAGUGACACUGAUGAACAUAAUCAUCAAAGGGAAGAUAAAAAGACUCCUUGGCAAAAGCGAGAGGAAAGACCAGUCAUACUAUUCAAUCCGAAGUAACGUAUGUUAGAUUUUUUUUGCGUAGAGAAUAUAUAAUUGCCAUUUAUUUUAUUAAUUGAAGAAAAAAAAGAUGAAGUAAUCUUUUGGGUGAGUUGCGACUGAAAAAGAUAGUCAAGACAUUCAAGAUAAUUUUUGCACAAACUCACCUAUUU